AUGUUUCUGUGGGCCAAAGACUAUGAUUCGGUCUUGGUGGAAAGCAACUAUGAUGUGGGGGAUCGCGAGCUACUGGCGGCACUGUCGGUUUCUCGUCAGUUCGCUCAGGAGAAGUCCAUCACCGAACCAGAAACCAUCAUUCCAUCUACCUGGGAGAUCGAAGACUUGGUUCGGGAGGCCCAACGCAAUGACCCUUAUCCAGGUAAUGGCCCACCUGGCACUCUUUUCGUUCCAGAUGCUGCUUGCUCCAAGGUGUGUGCCAGGGGUAAGGCCUCCCAUUCACCCCUGUCCGGCCUGCUGCAUCUGCUUCCGGUCCCGAAGCGGCCUUGGUCCCAUGUGGCAGUGGACUUUGUCACAGGCCUCCCACCGUCCCAAGGCAACAUGGUCAUCUUCACCAUCGUCGACCGUUUCUCCAAGGCAGCCCAUUUCAUCGCCCUGCCAAAGCUCCCAACCUCCAAGGAAACAGCUGAUCAGAUUACUAAGCACGUGUUCCGGCUGCAUGGUAUCCCCUUGGAUAUUGUCUCGGACCGUGGCACUCAGUUUACCGCCCAGGUGUGGCGCUUUUUCUUUGAGGGUCUGGGCGCAUCUGUCAGCCUCACGUCCUGUUUCCAUCCCCAGUCCAACGGACAAACCGAGUGGGCAAACCAGGACUUGGAGACAGCAUUGCGAUGUGUGGUAUCUUCUAACCCUUCUGCCUGGAGCACACUCUUACCCUGGAUCGAAUUCUUUGGUGAGUUUGGCUACAGGUAUAUCCCCUUUCCAAGCCUCCGUUUGCUAUCAGCCCCCGCUCUUUCCGUCAGAGGAAAAAGACCUGUCAUCACCUUCAAUGCUGUUGCAGAGUCUGGGGGAAGACCAGAGCUGCACUACUCCGGGGCUUGUACCAAGACAGCUGCAGACCGGCACCACACUCCCGCUCCCAGAUACCAACCUGGUCAAUCGGUUUGGCUGUCAUCAUGUCAUGUCAAGACCAUCCCGCUCAAGACCGACUCCCGGAAAUUAUGCCCCUGCUUCCUGGGACCAUUCAAGAUCACCAAAAUCAUUAAUCCAGUCAGCAUAGAACUGCAACUUCCUCCAUCUCUCCGCAUCCACCCUACUUUCCACGUGUCCCAAAUCAAGCAUGUCCGUACAAGUGACCUUUGCCCUCCUGCCGAUCCCUCUCCUCCCGGCCAGGUCGUGGAUGGUUACGUGGCUUUUACCGUCUGGUGGCUCAUCAAUGUCCGACGGCAAGACAGGGGACUUCAAUACCUGGUGGACUGGGAGGGGUAUGGUCCUGAGGAGCGUUCUUGGAUGGCUAGGGCACGCAUUCUUGACCCUUGCGAGCUUCAUGAUGAAUUCACAGGAAAUGGUUUUGGCUUCACAGCUGUGCCGCGUCAGGGUCAAGAAAUGCCAAGGCUGGACUGGAGCCCUACAGAGAAAGACACUGAGCAAUGUUCCAUGAAAGGCAAGAAAGUGGCAGACUGUGCCAACUUUAUCCGUGUGCUAGAGUUUCUGAACAGCACCAACAUUUACACCUGUGGGACGUUCGCCUUCAGCCCGCGCUGUGUCUACAUUGACACUGAGACACUGUCCAUGAGCCAACGGUCUGAUGAAGGGAGAGGCCGCUGCCCCUACGAUCCCUACCAGCCCAACACGGCCAUCGCUGUGGAUGGGGAGCUGUACACUGGAACAGUGGCCGAUUACAGAGGGAAUCGUCCCGUCAUCUCCCGACACUUGAGCGAAGCCGGCCGUGGCGACUUGAAGCUAGACGACACUCUGGGUUGGCUUGAGGACCCCACGUUCAUCCGCUCCAUGUUUGUCCCUACGGAAGAGAAGAUCUACUACUUCUUCAGUGAAGUGGGGCGCGAGUAUGACUUCAUCGACAGGCUCUUGGUGUCCCGUGUGGCUCAGAUCUGCAUUAAUGAUGUGGGCGGCCAGAGGACCUUGCAGAGGCGCUGGACGACAUUUGCCAAAGCUCAGCUGCUCUGUCAGGAUGACGGAGAACUGCCCUACAACCUGAUCCAGGACAUAGACAUGCUUGCACCAGGAGAGGGCGCUUCCCCUGAAGACACCCUGUUCUACGGGGUCUUCACUUCUCAGUGGCGUUUAAACUCUGGGCUCUCAGCCGUCUGUGUCUUCAAUCUUGGGGCCUUCAGGUCAGCGUUCUCUGGGAGUUACAAGGUCCUGAACAGGGACACACUGCAGUGGAGCUCCAGACUCCAGGAGAAGAUAGCCAGCCCCGGGGAGUGUGGCCUGCACAAUUCCUCGGACAGUGCACUGCGGUUCGUUAAAGAAAACUUCCUGACCGAUGAGAGUGUGCGCCCAGUGGACAGGAGGCUCACCUUAGUAUCACAGCACAGCUACAGCCGUAUCAGCGUGCAGAGGGUGCAAGCUGCCAGUGGAAGGCAUUAUACCACACUCUUUCUACUCACAGUGUCAGGGCUCAUCCACAAGGCAGUGCUGCUGCAGAGCGGGUAUCACAUCAUAGAGGAGAUUCAAGUGUUCAAGCAGCCCCAGACCAUCACCGGCAUGAAGCUCUCCAAGGAUGUCAUACUCAUUGGGACGUCAGAGGGGGUUCUGAGGCUUCCAAUGGCCAACUGCUCCUUCUACCGGACCUGUGCCCAGUGUGUGUUGAGUAGGGACCCCUUCUGUGGCUGGGACAGUGGCAGGCGUGUUUGUAUGGAGGUGGGCCGCUCUGUGGCCAGUGCUCUGGCCCAGGAUGUGGAGCAGGGGCAGGUGGAUGAUGUGUGUGUAGGCUCCAUCACACACAGAGCUCUGUUUGGAUCACACAUGCCCACAGCCCCAUGCCCUCCCAGUGUGCUCGUCACUGUCUCUCUGAAUGAGGUGGUCUGGCUCCACUGCCCGGCCCUCUCGCUCUUGUCCCGGCAGCAGUGGGAGCGUCCCAACAGCCGCCUGUCAGAGCAGCUGUAUCUUCAGCUGGACGACGGCAGCCUGAGCUUCGUGGCCACACCAGCCACACUGGGACACUACUUGUGUGUGUCUGUAGAGAAGGGCUUCCAGCAGACUAUGGCUGUGUACCAGGUCCGACAGAACAGCAUCCCCAUCUCCCCGUCCAGUUCUGCCCCCACCCAGCUCCUCACAGAGCAUCUCACGGAGCACCCCACAGAGCACCGUACACACCCCCGCGGACCUCCGGCCAGCACCCCCCCGCUGCACAUGGACAGUUCGGUGCCUAGAGACUUCGGGGAGGCCCCUGGGGCCCCAUGUUAUCUGAAAGAGCUCCUCAUAGUGAGCGGGCUGCUGGUGCUGUGCUUCAGUUUGUUGCUCACGCUGCUCAUGUACACUGUGCACCUGCACUCCCACAACAGGACGGCCCCGCAGCCCCCAACCCCUCCUCGACCACGAGGGAGCGCUAUGGAGUCACGUCCCAAAGGUCAGCACAGCAACAGCAGCUUCAACGGACACCUGCCUGUUGUCCCACUGUGACACAUGUGAACAUAAGAGGACACCUGCCAAAUGUCCCACUGUGUGCAUGUGUCCUCUUUUGUUCACAGAUCAGUGCCCCACUGUGAGAUGUGGAUAGAAGAGGACACCUGCCAAAUGUCCCACUGUGACACAGGGACAAAAGAGGACACAUGCCCAAUGUCCCACUGUGACACGUGAACAUAGGAGGACACCUGCCAAAUGUCCCACUGUGUGCAGGUGUCCUCUUUUGUCCACAGAUCAGUG